AAUGUGUCAAUGUGUCUUUGCAAUACUUUUGUGUUUAGUGAAGUCUCUGGUCACUUUUCUUGUGUUUCUCUAAUAGAUUGUCGUUUUUAUAUUAUUGAAUUGUUGAAGGGAGCCUUGGACUCAAGCAUUUCAUUGCUGUUGCUUUAAUUAUUAAUUAAAAAAAUUAAUGGUUGUGAUAUGACGGAUAAACCAUCCUGCAAAACAGCCACAUCCUAUGUUUAAAUGUUAUGCAUCUUAACCUUAAGGCAUUCAAAUUGACUACCGGUCCUCCCAACCGUUUUAUGAAUAUGCCGCUCCUUGGAAGACAAAAGGUUGGGAUCAUAGUGUGUUGAAGACCAAAAACCUUCAGAAUAAGGUCUGAGACAUCGGCUCAUAUGAAGCCCCUCUGCCUCCUGAGAGCGGGUCAAAGGUCAUCGUGUCUCUAGGUCGUUUGGGUCAUGCAUGUCUUCCAGGUGUCAGUGACCUGGUUGACCCCUGCCGGGGACUAGCGGUCCUCUUUCUGGUCCUCUCUGGUUCAGCCAUGUUGACGUGUUUCCCAGUGUGGCUCCAUCACGGCUCCGCACUCUGGGUGGUCCCUAUGAGAGGAGGCGGGACCUAAAGAAGGGGUGUGUCGCUACCCUCUGGGCAUGUCAGGACGGCAGAUCCAGGAUGAGGACAUCUCCGCCUCCAGCCAAUGGUCGGAGUCCACUGCUGCCCGCUACGGCAGGCUGGAGCAGGAGGAGGCGGACGGGGCCUGGUGCCCCGAGGGCACGCUGGAGCCCGACACGCUGAAGGAGUUCCUGCAGGUGGACCUGCGCUCGCUCACCUUCAUCACGCUGGUGGGCACACAGGGCCGCCACGCCGGGGGCAUCGGCAACGAGUUCGCCCACCGCUACCAGCUGCAGUACAGCCGCGACGGCAGCCGCUGGGCCGUCUGGAGGGACCGCACCGGGCAGCAGGUCAUAGCAGGAAACCGCAACGCCUACGACAUCGUGCUGAAGGACCUGGAGCCGCCCGUCAUCGCUCGCUCCGUGCGCUUCAUACCCGUCACCGACCACUCCAUGAACGUCUGCAUGAGGGUGGAGCUCUACGGCUGCGAGUGGCUGGACGGCCUUGUAUCUUACAACGCUCCCGUUGGUGAACAGAUGAACUUGCCCAGUUUCCCCGUGUACCUCAACGACUCGGUCUACGACGGAGCCGUGAUCCACAGUAUGACCGAGGGGCUGGGCCAGCUGACGGACGGCGUGUGCGGUCUGGACGACUUCACGCAGAGCCAGGUGUAUAACGCCUGGCCGGGCUACGACUACGUGGCCUGGACCAAUGAGAGCUUCCCCAGCGGCUACGUGGAGAUCAUGUUCGAGUUCGACCGCGUACGCAACUUCACCACCAUGAAGGUGCACUGCAACAACAUGUUCUGGCGGGGCGUGAAGGCCUUCCGCCGGGCCUCCUGCUACUUCCGCAGCGAGGCCGACUGGGAGGCGGCGCCGCUGGUGUUCCGGGCGGCGGUGGACGGGGUGGACCCCAGCGCCCGCUUCCUCACCGUGGACCUGGCCAACCACAUGGCCAGCGCCAUCAGGUGCCAGUUCUACUUCGCCGACACCUGGAUGAUGUUCAGCGAGAUCACCUUCCAGUCAGAUACAGCCAUGUAUAACACAACCCUGGCCCCGCCCAAUCCAGGACCUCCCACGAGCACACAACCUGGGGGUCACCCCACACACAAAGUAGACGACAGCAACACAACAAUUCUGAUCGGUUGUCUAGUGGCCAUCAUCUUCAUCCUCGUCGCCAUCAUCGUCAUUAUCUUGUGGCGGCAGGUGUGGCAGAAGAUGAUCGAGAAGGUCUCCCGCCGGAUGCUAGACGACGAGCUCACGGCGAGUCUGUCCAUCCAGAGCGAGACGUUCGCCUUCAGCCACACCAACGCGUCGGCCGCCGCCAGCGAGCAGGAGUCCGACGCCACGUACGAACGCAUCUUCCCGCUGGGGGGCGACUACCAGGAGCCCUCCCAGCUCCUCUGCAAGAUGCCCGAGUUCACGGCCGAGGAGCCUGCGGCGUCUACCAGCGCCGCCGCCUCCAAGCCCCCCGGCACGCCGGCGGCGCCGGACGGCGUCCCCCACUACGCCGAGGCCGACAUCGUCCACCUGCAGGGCGUCACCGGCGGCAACACCUACGCCAUCCCCGCCGUGGCCAUGGACCUGCUGUCGGGGAAGGACGUGGCCGCGGAGGAGUUCCCCCGGAAGCUGCUCACCUUCAAGGAGAAGCUGGGAGAAGGACAGUUCGGAGAGGUCCACCUGUGUGAGGCGGAGGGCCUCCAGGAGUUCAUGGCGGAGGAGUUCUCCUUCGACGUGGACGAGGGCCAGCCGGUCCUCGUGGCGGUCAAGAUGCUCCGCGCCGACGCCAGCAAGAAUGCAAGGAAUGACUUCCUGAAGGAGAUCAAGAUCAUGUCGCGCCUGAAGGACCCCAACAUCAUCCGGCUGCUGGCCGUGUGCAUCUACAGCGACCCCCUGAGCAUGAUCACAGAGUACAUGGAGAACGGGGACCUCAACCAGUUCCUCUCCCGCCACCAGGCCCCGGGGCCACUGGCCGCACUCAGCACCGCCCCCACUGUCAGCUUCAGCGACCUGUGUGACAUGGUCACCCAGAUCGCCUCGGGGAUGAAGUACCUCUCGUCUCUGAACUUUGUCCACCGAGACCUGGCCACCCGGAACUGCCUGGUGGGGAAGAGCUACACCAUAAAGAUCGCCGACUUCGGCAUGAGCAGGAACCUGUACAGCAGCGACUACUACCGCAUCCAGGGGCGGGCCGUGCUGCCCAUCCGCUGGAUGUCCUGGGAGAGCAUCCUGCUUGGUAAGUUCACCACGGCCAGCGACGUGUGGGCCUUCGGGGUGACGGUGUGGGAGAUGCUGACCUUCUGCCAGGAGCAGCCGUACUCCCAGCUCAACGACGAGCAGGUCAUCGAGAACACCGGCGAGUUCUUCCGGGACCAGAAGAGACAGAUCUACCUGCCCCAGCCAGUGUUAUGUCCAGACCCUCUCUACAAGACCAUGCUGAGCUGCUGGAGGAGGAACAGCAAGGAGAGGCCCUCCUUCCAGGAGAUACACCGAGCCCUGCUGGAGAGCCAGCCCUGACCCAGGAAAUACACAGAGCCCCGCCAAAGGGCCAGGCCUGACCCAGGAAAUACACAGAGCCCCGCUAAAGGGCCAGCCCUGACCCAGGAAAUACACCGAGCCCUGCUAAAGGGCCAGCCCUGACCCAGGAAAUACACCGAGCCCUGCUGUAGGGCCCGCCCUAACCCAGGAUAUACUAUACACCGAGCACUCUUGGAAAGCCAGCCUUAACCCAGGAAAUACACCGAACCCUCCUGGAGCUCUGGAAGGGCUGACCCAGGCCCAACCAAGACACUCCUCUCCUCUCCUAUACAACAUGCAUGAAACAGAUCGGGUUUAGAAUAGAAUCCAGCUUUAAGCUAUCUUGUUUGAGCAGAAACUGGUUAGGAAGUCCCUGACCCACCUACCGGGAGUCAGCGACCACAGGGGGAAACACUGUUAGAUCAACACCAACACCAACAACAACAACAACAACAACAACCUAACAAACAGCAGCAGGCAGGUGCACGGACUCAAUGUGUGUCUUGAUGAGAUUGUCUAAUGUUUAAUACAUUUUAUUAAACAUUAUUUUUAUUUUUAUUUUAUUUGACUAUACUUUUAUACAGAAGGGCCACAUCAUACCCAGACAAGCACACACAAGACCGUUCUAAACUUGCAAGUAUUAAAAACAAAGUGAAUUGUAGCAAUUCACAUUUGGCACUUUUUUAACAAUGUCGUUUUUUUUUUUGUCUCUUUUUUUUAAGAGUUGUCAUUUCUUAUGUUCCAGGUCUGUGGGUUCAAUGAGGGGCGAAGAUGGAGGCUGGAAGGCUUUCUUGUGUUCUCUGUUGGAAGACUGCUUGAAUGUAGAGCAAAUAAGAGCAGCAAACCGUCACUGUUAAUAUCAAAACAUGUCGUUUCAGAACAACAAGUUACUGUUUGUUUCAUCUCAAUAGUUUAGGUAAUCUAAGCAAUUUAUUAUACCAGCAAAUUGUUAUAUUCAUUAAUUGCAGUGUUUGGCAGUGAUAUUGCAAUGAGCAAUGUAUACGACAAUAUAUUUUCAAUAGAUAUUUCAUUAUGAAUAUUUUAAUAUCCAUAAUUGUAAAAAAGGAAAAAGGUUACAUACACUCAUCUGUGUACCAAGAAGCACUUCCGUUUAAAAACACAUUUCAGUGAAUGGCAGCAGUCAAAAUAUCCUCAUUCUGUCCUUCUGCUUGAUGUCUGAUCAUUUAUGUAGUGUUUGAAGAUGUAAUCUAGUCUGAAAUAUCAAUAUCACAUCAGUCAUAUGCUUGAGGGGGGUUGUCUUUUACUCUCUAUCAGUUCCCGCUCUAGGCCAGACGUACCUGUGUGUCACAAGGGCGUGAGUGAGAUGUAAGUGUUUACUCAUUGGAAGGAAGAUAAUUGACAGGUUAUGUGUUUACCAAAGAAUGGUGUAGUUGAGACUUACUACGAUUGUGAACUCAGACUAUAGAGUGAGACUGAACUGUGUUUAAGUUGCAGUGUCAGAUAAUGAAAUGCAGACGAAGGUAUUCUGUGUGUGUACAGAAAGGGAAUAUUCAGUCUUAUUCUUGCAUUUUACAAAAAAAGAGACUAUUACAGAUUGCUUUGUUUGAGGAGACUGGGGUUGUGUUGUGAGAAGCUAUAAGGUCAAACAUCUCAUGAUUACUCAACUAUUAAAUUACUCAUACAUUUCAGCUAUUAAUUCAACUCAUUGUUGUCAUGUUGAGGUCAUGUUCACAAAAUCUGUCCUUCAGUCUGUAUUCAGAUUGACAUGGCAUGUUGUCAUUACCUUUGGCCUUUCACACAAAAUGGAUUCACUGCCAUUUCACUUUACGUGUAAAGCUUGUUCAUGUUCUUCUUAGCUUCAUCAUUUGAAUUAACAUUCAUGUUGAACAACCAACGUUACUGAAAACUAUCAAGAGAUGCAUGCAAGCAUUCCAUUCAAAAACAUAUUAACCAAUUAUAAAAGCAUUUGAGGUUGUUAAAAGUAUGUGGCCCAACUGGUUGCAAUUGUAUAGUUGUCUGUUCACUCUGCAAUUUAUAAUUUGUUUAGUUUUGUACGAUUUUUGUGCUAUUAAUCCAAUUUGUUUUUUAUAGGAGUGUUUUAUAAAAUACUUGUAUGCAAAGGUAAUGUUCUUUGUAAUUCUGCUUUGUGAUAGAUAAAUACCAAAAUAAAAGUUCUCAAUGCAA